GGGUGGGCAGAAGAGAGGGGCAUAACAGGAUGCUCAUUUUUCCUUUGGUUCCAGUUGUCAAGAACCUGAGGGUUGUGUUAUAAUGGUUUUGUGUUGUGCAGGUGAAAACUUUAUUGCACUCUGUACUACAUAGAGACUUUCCGACCAAAGCAAGCCACCGACAGUUCUUAUAAAUGUCCACAUUGUACAUAAAACUCUCUUCAUCUCUUUGAUAUCCACCCAAUAUUAUGCAUACUUAAAAUCCCGUCUCUGAAAACUCUCUAUCUCUCUCUCUCCCUCUGAAUUUUAAUAACAUGGUACAGUCCAGAAAGUUCAGAGGAGUGAGGCAGCGCCAGUGGGGCUCUUGGGUGUCAGAAAUUCGCCACCCUUUACUUAAGAGGAGGGUGUGGCUAGGGACAUUUGAGACAGCAGAGGCAGCAGCAAGAGCAUAUGACCAAGCAGCCAUAUUGAUGAAUGGACAAAAUGCCAAGACCAAUUUCCCCACUUCAAAUAACAACAACAACAACAACAACAGCUCUGGUCAAGACACAAAGCCCACUGACCAAGACUCUCCAUGGUCUCCCAAGGCACUUUCAGAGCUGCUCAACUCCAAGCUCAGAAAAUGCUGCAAAGACCCAUCUCCCUCCCUCACUUGCCUGAGGCUUGACAAUGACAAUUCUCACAUUGGGGUGUGGCAGAAGCGCCCUGCCGGAUCACGGGCAAGCUCCAAUUGGGUCAUGAGGAUCGAGCUUGGGAAGAAAAAGAAACACAUUUCUGAUCAUCAUGGAUCCAUGUGCUCUUCAUCCUCCUCCUCAUCCUCCUCAUCCUUUUCGUCAUCGACGAGUUCAUCAAUGGUGGGAUUGAUUGAGGCUGGAAUGAGUGAAGCAGAUCAGGAUGAAGAGGAUAAGCUUGCAAUGCAGAUGAUAGAAGAGUUACUUAAUUGGAAUUAUCCAAUUCCUUCAACAACAAGUAAUGUUCAAGAAGGAAAUAUUAUUUAAAGGGAAGUUAGGAACCAACCAGCUGCUUCAAUUCCUAGCCUUUAAUCAGUCCUUGAAGUUAAGCAUAGCAGUAGUAUAUCAAAUCAUAAAAUGCCACCUCACUCUUGUGUUGUGACUGGUAACUGGGAAAAUUGUAUAAAGACUAAUUAAAUUAAAACCAUUUGUAGAUGCUGGUCAAGGUUUGUGGUUGGUUGUAGCAAAUACUUGUCUUGAAAUAGUAAAAUGUAGAUAACUAA